AUGCAAGUCGAGAAGAAAAGGCGACGGCUGAUAAUGCCCGCGCAAGGAACAAGAGGCGAAUUCAACGGCAAAUUAGCCUUGCCCGACAACUAG